UAUAUGUUCAAGUAGCCAACACAAACCAACCAAGUCAAGAACCAAAACCAAGCUAUAUACUUUUUUCAAAAUCCAAAAUUAAAAAAUAUUUCGAAAUUGUAAAAAAUGAUUUAUGCGAACGCGGUGUACAUUGUGUCCCUGCUGGUGGGCUGUUUCUAUCCAGCAUUCGCGUCCUACAAGAUCCUGAACAAUCAGAAGCGUAACGACAAUGAUCUUCGCGGGUGGUUGACCUACUGGAUCGCCUAUGGAGUUUACGUGGCUUUUGAUUUUUUCACAGCGGGUCUGGUGGCAUUCAUUCCAUUUCUAAGCGAGUUCAAGCUGCUCCUCCUGCUCUGGAUGCUGCCUACUGUGGGCGGUGGCAAUGAGGUGAUCUACGAGGAAUUCCUGCGAUCCUUCUUUAGCUGCAACGAGUCCUUCGAUCAGGUCCUCACCCGUGUCACCUUGGCUGGCAGUGAAUUGGUGGGCCAACUAGUUGGCUCCGUUCUUGGCCAUUUGAUGAUCUUGGCAGAUACCUAUCUUCUUCCCCGCGGGCAUCGUCCUGCCCUCCAAAUUACCCCCAGCAUCGAGGAUCUAGUCAACGAUGUGAUAGCCAAGAGACAGCUGGAAGAGAAGCGGAAACAAAUAGAUAACCUAUCCGAUACCAUCACCGAGAUUAUGGGAGACAAGACCGAUUUAAGUAAGGAUCUGCUGAACGGAUCUGAAUCCGAUGUACUGGUCCUUAAGGAGCAUAUUUCCAAGCCCAAGGAGAAACCUAAAACGCCGCCGAAGCCAAUGCGUCAGCCAACAUCGAGCAACCAGCAUGAAAUGAAUCUUCAGCCGCAGUUUGUGUAAUAGCAAUAGAUGUCAAUAUCAGAAUUAAGAACUUUCGAAUAUCGUACAUCUCAGAAAUAAGCUAAUCAUACCGCAAUAAAUUUAUAAUAGUACAUUCAA